ACAAAGUGCCCUCCCUGUCCUUCCCUGCGCGUAACGCGUAACGCAGCAGGAGAUAAGUGCGUCACUUUAGGUCUCGUUGUUAUAACGACUUAAAGUCAAUCGCAUGUGCGGCAGUUUCUUGAAAUGAGCGGAGAUGAAUGAGGACACCUUUGAGAUCCCUGAGGGGGCAGAGUACCGCUACCUGGUGCAGGAGGAGGCGGAGGUGGAGGUGCAGUACGUCCGGCGGAGGAACUACGUCAGCCCCCUGCUGGUGCUCUCGAAGGGAUGCAUCACGCUCAUCGGCCUGGCCGUGCUCUCCAUGCUCGGCCUGGCCGCGUACCUGGCCUAUUUGUCCCAGACGCUGCCCCGCAACCUGGCCCGGGUCACCACCGAUGUCGGGGUUUUCGAGGGGAGACACGAGGACGGGGCCUACUCCUUCAGGGGCAUGAGCUACGCCUCCCCCCCGACGGGCCGGCUGCGCUGGGCCCCCCCGGCCAGGCUGACCCCAGGCAACGGCUUUGGGGACGCAAGCCGCCUCCGCGGCGUCUGCCCCCAACGGGACCCCCGGACCAGCCGGAGGGUGGGCAGCGAGAGCUGCCUGUUCCUCAACGUGUGGACCCCCUCGCUGGAGCCGGACGCCGCUCUGCCCGUGGUGGUCUGGAUCCACGGGGGGUACCUGACCUCGCUCAGCGGGGGGGAGCCCGGGUACGCGCCCUCGGCCCGGCUGGCAGCUGAGACGGGGGUGGUCUACGUCAGCUUCAACUACCGGCUGGGUGCCCUGGGGUUCCUGGCCCUGGAGGUUCUGAGGGAGGGCAGCCCCACCAACACCUCAGGGAACUAUGGCUUCAUGGACCAGAUCGCGGCCCUCCAGUGGGUUCAGAGGAACAUCCACGCCUUCGGAGGCGACCCAGGGAGCGUGACCAUAUUUGGACACAGCUCUGGGGGCACCUCGGUGUGGACUCUGCUGAAGUCGCCCCUGGCUAAGGGUCUGUUCAGCGCCGCGGUGGUCAUGAGCGGCUCCACGGUUCAAAACGCGUCGCUGGCGAAGGCCGAGGCAGACAACCUGGUGUUCCUGCGGAAGACGGAUUGCACCGACCUGGCCUGCCUCCGACGUCUGUCCGUCUCACAGAUCCUCCAGGCCAGCCCGUGGGAGGAGUACCCAUCCUGGGCAGGAGACGGUAUGAUGGACCUGCCCACCAAGGGGAAGUUCACGGCCCCCUGGUUGGUCGUGGACGGACAUGUCCUCCCUGACACCCCGGCGGAGGGAGGAGGAGGAUUUUACAACGACGUGCCGAUCGUGGUGGGCACGACGGAGCAGGAGGCGGACUUUAGCCCUUCUUCUGCAAACAUCUCUCUCUGGACUUGGGAUGACUACCAGUGGUUUGUUACCGACAAACUGAAACCCUUCGGUGACGACCUUCCCAAGGACGCUCUGGACCUUUACCCCAGCUCAGCGCCCUGUCCCACCCUGGACCGCUGUCCUGAGCGGGCCUACACCACCAUGGUGUCGGACAUGAGGGUGACCUGCCCCAGCAACGAGGAGGCCUCCAGGGCAGCAGCGGCCCUGAGCAGUCCCGUGUAUCGCUACGUGGUGACGCACACACCGUCCAGCGCGGUGAACACCUCGGGCCAGGACCUGGUGCCCUACAACAGCCGCUUCUCCUUCCACAUGCUGGACGCCCUGGCCUUCUUCGACGGCCUGGGGGCCCUCCUGGAGAAGCCCCUCUCCCCAAAUGACACGGAGUUCCAGCUCCUCUUCAGACACCAUCUCGUCCACUUUGCCAAAACUAGGAAGAUGGUGGACGAGUGGCCAGAGUUCCCAUCAGCCACUGCUCUCCUGUCCAACCGGCUGAAGGUGGUCCAGAGCUACUCUGAUGAGCGCUGUCGCCUGUGGCAGGACAAUGGCUUCGAUGCCUACGCCUGGGUCAACUGACCAGAUGAACACCCAGGGCUGUGGGUCAACCCUGUGGAAACGCCAAAUUUGAUUCACCGCUGUGCUCACCUAAGGCCAUGCCACUUUGUCUAAUGACUAUAAACCACUAUUCUUUUACCAAACUAACAGCUGCCAACACCUUGUUUACACUGAGCUGCUGGGACUGUCCCCACUUCCUGUUGACGUCAGACGAAGAGCAGAUUCGGCGGUGUACUCUAGUAAUAACAAUAUGGUAUGGUCGGCUUAGCUCAGGAGGUAGAGAGGGUCGUCUUGAAACCAGAAGGUUUCUAGUUCGUUCCCCAGCUACCGCUAGCGGAGUCUCAUGGGGUUCCUGGACCGUCGGCUAAAUGCACUAAAUGUAAAUGCAUGGAGGCCAUAGAAACCGAACCAGAAGCCAUUGGAAGUGUACCAGAGCUACGACCCAGCAGCAUCAGAUAGUGUCUCUGCCUGCCAUUACGCUGCCUUCCGCCGUCUUUAACCUCCUCCUUGAGCCUCGCAUGGCACCCCUUGCACAGUCGUCAUAUUGCCAAGACGCACGUUUGUUUCAACAAACGUUCUCGUCCCGUUGUUGUCCAAAUGUCUUCUUCUGUUUGGGAUGCGACGAGGAGCAGGAAAGGGAGGUUUUAUCAGGUUUAUUGUGUGUGUGUGUGUGUGUGUGUGUGUGUGUGUGUGUGUGUGUGUGUGUGUGUGUGUGUGUGUGUGUGUGUGUGUGUGUGUGUGUGUGUGUGUGUGUGUGUGUGUGUGUGUUUAUUUGUAGUUUUCAUGGGGAGAUGGGGAUUGGGAGACACUGAAGGUGUUGGUAUAGGAUGUCUACUCCUACUGUACAUGAAUCCAUACUGAUCCCAGUCGUCUGGUGAUCCAGAACUUGACCUCCACUGAAGCACGACUGUGAAAUGAGACCAACGCAAAGAUAACAACUUUUAUCAAACUAUUCCAGUGAGGUCGGGCUGUAUCGGAAAUUUAACAAAGAAACCAGCCGGAAGAGAAAAAAACGCCAGGUAUAUAAGAUAAAUAACAUUAACUUCCUCAUUUUAUAUUGAAAUAUAUCAGUUUGUCUCUGGCUAUAUUUGAUUGGACAGACCUACAGUACAUUGGCCAGAUACAGUUGGAGGCAUUGGAUUACAGAUGGACAGAGAAGAGCAUGAAUGCCAGUGUACACAGAUGUAUUAGAUUACCCACUAAAUCCAUACAAUCAUGCAGCUAUACUCCCCAAACCUACCAUUACAGUAUUAAUUACAGUACUACUCCUUUUUUAGGAAGUUUGAGUAGGGAAACUGCAAGACUGGCAACAUACAACUAAGCAUGUUCCCUUGAAAUAUUGUUUGUAAAUUACUCUUUUUUUUUUGGUGGGGGGGAGUAAUGGCUACAUUUUCUCAAACAUUGUUUUUAUAUAUACUAUGUAAGCGUAUACAGGUCAAAGGUCACACCUAUCUUAUCUGCCAUGCACAUUUGCAAAUCCAUGUUUCCACAAUUACCUUUUUAUAUUUCCCAGUGAAUUAAAAGUUUAAAUU